AUGUAGUCUUAUGGAACCCAAAUAUCUAUUUCGUUGGAUAGAUAGGAUACCGAAGGCAGUAUGUACAAACACAAUCUAUGAGCUUCAUGUACCUAUCGCUAGUGUUAAUAUAAGUAUAUUAUUGUUUUGCCAAAAUAAUGAUUAUAAUAUGGGACAAAGUGUGGAUGUUCGUGGCUGUAUUAUUGUUUACUUAUUUAUCUAAAAAGAUUACCACCAGUGAACCAAAUAAGAUAAAAUUCCACUUUUAUUACUUGAUGUUUUACUUUUGUGCAUCACUCUUAGCAUGCAUUAUUUGGCCUUUCUUUUUAUGGAAGCCAAAGGAUAUUAAGAACGCACAAAUUUCAGCGCGGAUAUUAAGCUUGGUAACUAAAUUAUAUAAAUUGAAAUGGGAACUACGAAGAGGUGAAAUAUUAUCUGAAGACCAAGGCGCUGUUAUCGUUGCCAAUCACCAAUCAGCGUUAGAUAUUUUAGGUAUGUUUAACAUUUGGGAUGUCAUCGGAAAGCUAGCGCCUGUAGCAAAGAAGGAAAUAUUCUAUGUAUGGCCCAUGGGACUGGUCGCUUACCUCGCAGGUGUUGUAUUCAUAGACAGAAAAAACUCGAAAGAUGCAUAUGAAACACUUAAAAGUACUUCAGAAGUUAUGGUUAAAAAUAAGACGAAGAUUUGGAUAUUUCCUGAAGGCACAAGGAAGAAAGACCGAAGUUGUAAUCUGCUGCCAUUCAAGAAAGGAGCAUUUGUCAUUGCAGUAUCUUCACAGAAACCUAUAAUACCUAUUGUUUACUCGCCUUACUACUUCAUCGAUGAAAAGAAAUACAUAUUUGACAGUGGACACAUCGUAAUACAAUGUUUGGAUCCUAUAAAAACUGAGGGCUUAAAGAUGGAAGAUAUACCAGAACUCAUGGAACGUGUAAAAAAUCAAAUGGAGAAGACCUACAAAGAACUGACCAAGGAGAUUUUAACCACUUUACCGCCGGAUUACCCACAUUCACUAGAAGAGAGGCGAGAGCACGCAAAAUUAGUUCACGAGUAGAUUUUCUAUAAUAAAUCCUUAAGUAUAAGUAUACCAUAAUAACAAUAAUAAAUUAUAUCAUUAUUAUUUA